CUACCGCGGCCGUACAGAUCCAUUGGCUUGUGUGUACGCGGCUGCCAGCUCGCAGCACUCGGGGUUUGGCUUCUGUAGUCCUUGCGAUCCCUGCACAGACACCAGCUACUAUCCAGCUGCCGCCUGAACAUGGACUCCGCCAGCCAAGAUAUCAACCUGAAUUCUCCUAACAAAGGUGGGCUGUCUGAUUUCAUGACUGAUGUCCCUGUUGACCCAGGUGUGGCCCCCCGGACUCCAGCUGUAGAGGGCCUGACAGAGGUGGAAGAAGAGGAGCUUCGGGCUGAGCUUGCUAAGGUGGAAGAAGAAAUUAUCACUCUGCGCCAGGUCCUGGCAGCCAAAGAGAGGCACUGUGGAGAGCUGAAGAGGAGGCUGGGUCUCUCCACGUUAGGGGAGCUGAAGCAGAACCUCUCUAGGAGCUGGCAUGAUGUGCAGGUCUCCACUGCCUAUGUGAAAACGUCUGAGAAACUUGGAGAGUGGAAUGAGAAAGUGACGCAGUCUGACCUCUACAAGAAGACUCAAGAAACACUUUCACAGGCAGGACAGAAAACAUCUGCUGCCCUGUCCACCAUGGGCUCUGCCAUCAGCAGGAAGCUCGGAGAUAUGAGGGCUCAUCCGUUCUCACACUCCUUUAGCAGCUCCUCCAUCCGCCACUCGAUAAGUAUGCCGGUCAUGAGGAACUCUGCAACCUUCAAGUCAUUUGAAGACCGAGUGGGGACCAUAAAGUCUAAGGUUGUGGGUGGCAGAGAGAACGGCAACGAGAGCCUCCCGACUUCACCUGGAGGUGGUGACCAGCCCCUGCCGGAUCCUGCCCCGUUCUAAGCCUGUCGUGGCCUACAAGCCACAGAUACAGAAGCACACCCUCAUCGUCACAGCUGCACCUCUGCAUGACAGAACCGCCAGCCGAGGCCAGUGAAGACAGUCACACCCAUCUACAUGCAGAUGUGGCUGCUGCCUUGGCAUGAGUUAGAGAAUAAUCUUGUACAUACAUGUUUUACACUAAAGUUCAUAGAUGAAGCAGAUCACUGUGCCAUCCUUUCCAGGGCCACAGGAAGUGGACAGGGUGGAGGGGCCUGAGGAGCACCGAACAGGAGCCCAUGCUCCCUGGGAAGGUCUCACCAGGAUGCUGUGGGAAGGAGUGUCGGAUAUUGAGUGGACAGUAUUUCCCUGCCUGCCCUCCUCCCUUAGCUCAGAAGGAAUGCACUCAUCUAGUCAUAUUGCAUGGUCAGCUGUCAUACGGAUUUGAGGAAUGAGAGAGUCCUUUAUUUUCUGAGACCCUAGAAAGGAACCAUAAGCAAUUGCUUCAUUCUUGUACUAACACUCUAGCUUUCGCAGAAGCAGAUUCACUAUUUUUUAAAUAUGAUAAACUUUUCAAAAAUUAAAUAGAAAAAAAGUUAGGCCAAACAGCUAUAGCCUCAUUGUUGAAGAAUAUUAUUUCUGGGCAAGAUGUGGUGGUGAACACCUUUAAUCCCAGCACUUGGGAGGCAGAGGUCUCUUUGAGUUCCAGGCCAACCUGGUCUACAAAGUGAGUCCUGGACAGCCAAGGCUACACAGAGAAACCCUGACUCGAAAAACAAAACAACAACAACAACAAAAAUUUUUUUUUAAUUCAAGCUGAAAAUCAAGCCUUACAUUGCCUUAUGCUUUAUUUGUUUAUAGUCUUUUUUUGUAUAUAUAAAUGGUAUCUAAAUGAGGGUUCUUUGAUGGGUUAUGCGUACUGUGUGGAGUUUUAUCUCUGGCCUAUCUCAUACUCUGCCAGUACUACAUUUUAUUUCUCUCACACGUUCUCCCGGUGUGCAAAACUUGGUUCUCUUAAAGAGUGGCAUUGCCCAGUAGCUUUGCACUCUGGUCCAGAGGAUGGAGAGAAGAAAACAAGCCUCCAUCUUUAGCAUCUGAUGGGAUGUGCCCUGCACCCUGUUGCUCUACUGACCCUGGGCAGGGCUCUGAUCCUUAGUUUCUGCCUGUCUGCUCAUUACAUGAAGAGUAAAGGAAAAGCAGAACCAACCCUGCAGGUCAGGUAGGGAUAUGGUUUUGGUUCCGCCAGAACUCUGUUGUCAUCUCUUCUCAGGAGCUACAAAGAUUCUUUCUAAGAUCCCUCCUCCUGCCUCCAGUUGCCACAUUCCGCAGCCUCUCAACACCAGAACCUGCAUGGUGGGAGGCAUGGUCUGGAGAGAGGGGCAGCACUGUGCCUUAAUGGCUCUUAGCAGGGCAAAGACUUUAUCUGUUGUGUGCAUGUCUCUGCACUCCUUGGGUGAGGCAGGGUCUGUCCACUUUAGUGUCUGGUUUGAUACAGUGUGACAUCUUCUGAUUAUCCAAUACCCUCGAUUUCUUUGGACACUCUUAGAAUGCUGUACCAUACAAAGCCAGGAACAGCAAGGAGCUGGCGAGCUGAG